GCGAACGCUGCGCGCCGCGCCCGGCAGAGUCAUCGGCCGCCGACGGCCGCCCCAAGCCGGUCUCGCUCCUGGCCUCCGCGGAGGACGUGAGGACGCACGACGGCAUCCUGGUCCUGGCAUCCGCGUGUGUGUGUGUGUGUGAGUGCGCGCGCUGCCAGUGAUCAACAAGUAGUGUGCCCGCCGCGCGGAGCGUAGCGCGCGUCAAGACACGGCUCCGGGUAAUAGUCCUGCAGUCGCCACGCUCCGCCACGCCCGGGUUCACCGCCCCGCUCCGGCUCGGCUCCGGCUCGGCUCUGACACGGCUCCGGUUCGACUCCGGCCCUAGGACUGGCCUUUUUUGCCGCGCUGUGCCGCCCCCGCACUGUGAUCCCGUCGUCGCCGGCCCUGCAGUUCCAACGGGACUGUGUUGGUGUGUGUGUGUGAGUGUGUGUCUCCAGGAGCGGCCGGCUGUUGCCCCCUCUCCGGCGCGGUUCGUACGGGACCUGCACCACGGCCAGGCCGUAGGGCCGAAGAGGAGUCCGGUCUGCCGCGCUGCUGCACUGCUAGUGCUGCGGAACUGGAGUCACACUGUGUGGAGGUGAAGCUCGCCAUGCUCCGGUAGCGAGUUCGACGCGGCCACCAUGGGCUGCUUCUGCAAGAAGGUGCGCACGUUCCACUGCAAGGUGGUGCUGCUGGACGAGCAGGAGCUGGUGCAGGAGAUACAGGAAAACAGCCCCGGCCAUGAGGUCCUGGACACGGUGUUCCGGCACCUCAACCUCCUGGAGACGGCCUACUUCGGUUUGCGGUACCUGGACACGGCCAACCAACCGCACUGGCUGGACCCGACCAAGAAGGUGGCCAGGGAGCUCAAGGGGACCAUCUCCUGCACGCUGUACUUCGGAGUCAAGUUCUACGCCGCGGACCCCUGCAAGCUCCUCGAGGAAAUCACCAGGUACCAGUUCUACCUCCAGGUGAAACAGGACAUCCUCCAGGGCCGCCUGCCCGUCAACUUCGACCUGGCCGCCGAGCUGGGGGCCUACGUGGUGCAGUCCGAACUCGGCGACUACGACCCCCGCCGCCACUCCCCAGGAUACGUGUCCGAGUUCCGGUUCGUCUCCAAUCAGUCCGCGGAGCUCGAGUCGCGGAUAUCGGAGCUGCACAAGGGCCUGCUUGGACAGCUGCCUGCCGACGCGGAACUGGCGUACCUAGACCGAGUCAAAUGGCUGGACAUGUACGGCGUCGAUUUGCAUCCGGUGCUGGGGGAGGACAACGUGGAGUACUUCCUAGGACUCACGCCCAGCGGCAUCAUCGUGCUCAGGAACAAGAACAAGGUCGGCAACUACUACUGGCCGAGAAUCACCAAAAUCUACUUCAAGGGGCGAUACUUUAUGCUCCGCGUCUGUGAUAAAAACAAUGAGGAGAGCACCUACGGGUUCGAGACGCCUUCGCGGACGGCGUGCAAACAGCUGUGGAAGUGCUGCGUGGAGCACCACGCCUUCUUUCGCUUGGUGCGCGUCUCCCCCGCGCCCAACGAGAUCUUUAGGCUCAGCUCUCGCUUCCGUUACAGGCGAGUAUCAUCUGGUCGCACGGAGAAGCAGGCGCGGUGCGACGUGGAGGCGGGCCGGCGCGCGCCGCCGACGUUCGAGCGAUCGCCGAGCCGCAGGCAGCAGCGCAGGGUGGUGGAGGGCGCGGCGUCGUCCACGGCCUCGGCCACGGCCAAGUGGCAGGGCCGCCGCGUCGUCGAGGGCGCACCGCACUCGCCCAGCGUGGAGGAGAUCGAGAACCGAGAGAGCCUGGCCCCGCAGGACAAGGGCCUGCCCGUGCCCAACCCCACCUCGGUCGUCACCGCCCCGGCCAUACGCAGGCCGUCGCCGCCGCUGAGCACUCGCAGCGCGCCCUGGACGGAGCCGCACGCCAGGGGGCUCUACAACAGCGCGUCCAGCCCGCGCAGCCUGCGCUCGGCCGCCAGCACGGGGCGCAUCGUGGCGCAGGCCCACGGCGCCUCUGGGGCCUCCAGGAGGCACGCCAGCGGCCCGCACCGACGCUCCUCCAGCGUGGAGAGCCACAGCUCCACGGACUCCAGGCCCUGCCGAAGGCACCGCCGGCACCGCAGCAGGAAGGGGUCCGACAGCGAGAGCGAGGUGUCCAAGUGCUCGGAGCGCUGCCACAGCCGGUGCCGCAACCGCCACCACCGCCACAAGUCGCGGCACAAGUCCAGCAACAGGCCACCGACGGGGCAGCGCGACGGGCCGGCCACGGGGACCCCGGGCGGCCCAACCCCCCGCCGACCACCGGGGGGGGGGCCCCCCCACCCACGACCCCCCACGCCCCCCGACAGCGCGCACGGCCGCCACAAGCGCCGCGUCAGGACCAAGCACAGGUCGCGGUCGCGGUCCCCCUCCGAGAGCAAGCGGCUCCCGGACGAGCUCAAGCAGCACCUGGACUUCGACCUCGUGGACACGGAGGGCAUGACGGAGGCACAGCUCCGCGAGAUCCCCUACACCGUCAUCCAGACCACCACCAAGCCCGUCAAGGUCAAGAUGUCCCCCAACAACCGGCGGCGCGUCCACCGGUCCUCUCGCCGCAGCCUCAAGAGCCACGAGGACGGCGGCAGCACGGACCGGUUGAGCGUCAACAGCCAGCCAGUGUCGCGGUCCGCCAUGUCCAUCCCGCCACUGCCCUUCAGCCCCAGCGCGUCGUCGCUGCUCGGCAACGGCGGCAGCGCCGCGCACCGGGACCGCGUCGACCGCCACCAGCACGCCGUUGCGGACUCCACCGCCGCCAACGGCAACCACCACUCGCCGUCCCAGGGCGGCAGCAUGCACGUGCCGCCGCUGCCAAGAGUGCCGUCCGCCGCCCAGCUCAACGGCAGCACCACGAACAUCGGCCACCAGGACCAGAACCAGCCGCCCAAGCACGUCAAGGGCUACCCGGGCGGCCAGCAGGGCCAGCACUACAGCCUGCACAUCAACCGGCCCGCCAGCGCCACGGGCAUGGCCCCCGCCACCCACGCCAAGGGCAUGUCGACGUUCGCGUCCCGGACGCCCUCUAGGACGCCGUCGAGGACCUCGUCGCCGCAAGGCAGCAGCGAGCGCCUGGAGAACGGCAACGGCCUGGACAACGGCAACAUGGGCGUCACCAGCUUCAUGUCCAACGGGCAGGGCCACGGGCUGGGCCACGGCCAGGGCAACGUCAACAGGGUGCGCUCCGCCCUGGCCCAGUUGCCCCCCAACGGCAGCGCCAACGGCAACGGCGCCAACAGCCCGCACAGCGCCAGGCUCUGGGAUGAGGUAAUCUCUUCGGGUGGUCGGCCUGGGACUGGGGCAGGGGCAGGGGCUGGCUCUGCUGGGCGCCUUCACAGCCUUCAGAGCCUGCAGGGCUCCGCCGCUUCCAACCACCUUCACCACCACCUCGGCCUCGGCCCGGGGCUGGGCCCGCACCACCGGGGCAGCACGGGGAGCACGGGGAGCCGGCGCACCAGCAGCAGCAACACGCCCUCUCAGUCGCCACUGCCCCCCAUAGUCACCCCGCACGGGGUCACCUUCCAGCACACCAUCGGCAACGGCUUCGGCGGCGCGGGCAGCCACCGCGCCAGGCAGCAGCAACAACAGCAACAGCAACAACAACAGUCCAGCGGCAGGAGCAGGGCGGGACCGCUCUACUUUCAGCAGCAGCAGCAAAUGCACACAGCCGUCAUUAGGAAUCCACAGAGUGACAAUGCGAGCAUCAAAGCUGUGAGCAGGACAGGGGACCGGGUGCAGAAUGCGGCAUACAGCUCCUUGCAGUACAGUGACCCUGCACUCAACGGCAAUGAGCCUUCGUUCCGAAGCCAGAGCCGGGACUCGGGCCGAGACACUGGCCGAGGCUCCAAGUCCACCGGCACCCAGGCCAGCAGCGAGACGUGCACGGAGCUCUGACCCAGGGCCCCGCAGCGGGGCCAGGCCUUCCAGGACAUGGUCCACGCUGCCAGCUCGGCUACCCUCCGCACCGCCUCCAGAUCGGAGCGCAGUCGCCUGCCCAUCAGGAAGUGCCCCUCCGUUGAGUUUCUGGAUUGACUUCUCCGAUGUCGACUCAGAAAAGCAGGCCAAGAUGAUAUCAAAGUAGCGUUAAUGGGAAAUUUGUUUUCCUUUCCUUUUUGUAAGAUACAAGUCCAGUCCUUUUGGUAGACAGAUUGGUCAUAAUCAUUAAGGAGAAAGAAAGUACCGCUGAAGAAACUUAAAUGUAAACAGUGUAGUGAGCCUCGAAUCAUUUCUUGAACUCAAUUGUAUAAUUGUUUAUAAACGGAUGAAUGUAAGAGUAUGCUGUGUGUUAGUGUUGUUAGAUACUCAAUGUGAUUCUUUGUUUUCUUAUAAGUGAGCUUCUAAGUGUGCGAGCAAGUGGUCUUUUUAGUGAGGAUAAGGUGGUAUGUAGCUCUAUCAGCUCCAGUGAAUUUCUCCUUUAAUUUACCGUUACAUGUUUUAAAUUAGUGAGUUUCCACGUAGCUUCAAUGCAUGUCACCUUAUCCCAUGAGCCAUUAUUAAUUUUGCAUAGUUGACCAAGAAAGACAUGAGAUCUUAGCAGUAUUUGCAUCUCUGUCUGUCUUGGUCAAGGCAUCUAACAGGCUUCUAUGACAUACUGUAGUUAUUCUGUAUCUGAAAAUCCUGCAUUUAGAUCUUUUAUUUAAUUUAUAUAGUUCCUCUCAUGUCAUGUUUUAUUGCAUUAUGCAUUGAUACCCUUUUGUAAUCUUCUGCAAAAACUGUCACUAUCGAGUAUUGCAGGCAUGUCAAUUCAUUCAUGUGUACUGUGUACACAUUAUUGAUUCUAUUUGAAUAUACCUAUGUAUAUCUCCAAGGCCAAAGAAAAUGCCAUUUACCACUUUCUAAAA